AUUAUCACCAAACAUAUUCCUAGAGUUUAAUGGAAAGAAUAACAAUAAACACAAUGUAGUCUAGUUGGUUAUAAUGUUCUUUCUUCAUUGAAGUGACCAGAUUUCAAACUCCAAUGAUAACAUUUUUAAUAUAUAAGGAUGAAGUGAGAGUAAUGACAAAAAUGACCUUCCUAAAAUCACUCUAGGGGUCGUUUGGAUGAAGGUUUUCUAAAGCCUGGGAUUUUACCCACAAUCCCUUAGUUUAAAACCCAGGUUUAUAAUAUGAGAGUUUUUAAUAAAUCACUUGUUUGUUUACAAACCUAGGUUUUUAACGAAAAUUAUAAAAAUACAAUUUUGCCCUCCUUCAUCUUCCUUUCUUCCUAAUCGACGUCGACAUCACCCAAAAAUGACCUCGACAUACCCACGAUGACGGAAGAAGCACCCAAAUCCAGAACUCGGGUUUCGACGAUGGAGGUUGAGGCAUAACCCCAACAGCUAGCACGAACCAGAACCCCAAUAGCCAAAAAUUGAAACUCUCAAACAUAGAAAUUGAAUCCUAUAAACCCAGAUCGAGAUGGGUUAGUCGAUUUGCUUGAACCCAAACCCUCUCUUGUUGUUGCAGUGGGACAUAUUCGGCGUCGGAAAACGAGGAUGAGACCACCGCUGGAAGAUGAAGUCGUCGCUGGGUCUUUCUGGGCUUUGAUGCUGGGUUUGCCGACGCAGGGGACAGAUUCAAAUCGAACAACAAAUCAAUUGACCUUCCUAAAAUCACUCUCAUACCACGAAAUUUGAAAUGAGACAAUUCCAAACUAUGUUUUGUCUUUAUAUGUCUAGUAGAUUUGGAUAAAAGAAUGGGAAAUUGGGUGGGCCAGGGAAUAUGGGCUAAUAUACUUAACCAGGCAACGACGGGCCUAAUGAAAUUUCAUUGACCAAAAUCUAAAGAAUUGCAACAAAGAAAAACAAAAUUAAAUAUUCUCCUCCUCUUCUCCUUCUUCCCUCUUCCUCUCCCUUUUUCCUUCAGCAACCGGCAAAAGGCAGGAAGAAGAGAAGAAGACGAAUCACGCCGUACUCCUGACUUGGUUCGUCUUUUCUCAGGAAGCUCUCUGCUGUUUUGCUCCUUCAUUUUGCUUGUGCUAUUCCGGCUCACGAGCGACCAGUGAAAACCCACUAGAGCUUUCUAUUCCUCGUAGUCGCAGAAAAUGGCGAUGACGGUUGAAGGUACGACUUAUUCUUCGUUCUUCCUUGCAAUUUCAUCAAUUCUAUUUAAUUCGUUAACAGAUUCGAAAUUCCCACCUACCUCUUGCAGUUUGCAUCGAUUAAUUUAUAGCCUUCUAGCUAGGUUCCCGCUUCGUUGAGCUCCACUGAACUCAGUUUUGAUAGGGCUUCUUACUAGUCGGAUUUUCUUCCGUAGGCAAAGAAGAGGGCUGCUCUGGUUGGAGGGAUAUACAUCUGUUUGGUUUCCUUGAAAAUAAUUCAGAAUUUAGACACGAAAGUAGUGAAUUUGUGCAGAAAGUUUUUCACUUGCCAUUGUUGAUUCGAUUUGAUCAGAGUGACCUAACCUAUUGAUGGUGCUUGGAGCUUUGAGGCGUAGACUUUAGUUUGUCUGGGUUGUGAGCUUGAGUUCGUCUUCUUGUUGUGGGGGUAUCCUGUCUACUUAAUUAGCUGUGAAGUUUAUUGCUCUCGGAUAGUCAGAUGUCUUCAUCCAUAGUAGGAAUACAUAUGCACUUGCUUUCAAGUAUGUAUCUUUCAAUUGCUAAUCGCUUUCUGUUUUGAUGCGCUGGUGCUGCGGUGUCGCAAAAUGAUUAAUGCCGUCCUCUACAGUGCUUGCCGGUCUUGCUUUUAUGUUCUCAGCUAGUAUUCUGCUACAAAUACUGGCCUGUGCAAUAUACAACAAUUGGUGGCCCAUGUUAUCAGCUCUUAUGUAUGUGCUAGUGCCUAUGCCUUGUUUAUUCUUUGGAGGUGGAUCAACUCAGUUUCUUAUAAGCCGGGAUGGUGGCGGUUGGAUAGAUGCUGCAAAGUUCCUCACUGGAGCAUCAGCCGUUGGGAGCUUAGCGAUUCCUAUCAUCCUUAGACAUGCCAAUAUGAUUGAAACAGGGGCAAUGUUCAUCGAGUUCACGUCGUUCUUCAUCUUUGUAUGCACAGUCAUGUGUUUUCAUCGAGCUAGCUUGGAGGACGACUGGUGAUGCGCAUUCGUUCUGUCCAGUUGGUAACUAAAUUCCUGAUGUAACUCUUGUUUUUUUUCCCGGACAUAAACUUGAUCGAAAGAUGAUAGAGCAUCGUUACCGGCCUUACCGCACUCUUGCCCUGUAUAUCCACUUCAUUUCAUGUAUAUCAAUUACACAUUACAAGUUGCAACAACGAAGUUGUGGCUCUCCGAACUCGAUCAGACAUCAUCGUCGGGCUCUGCGAUGUAAGAGACGCUUCACAUCGAACUGGCUGCAUGUAAUCAUCUUUCUUGCCCCGUGAUAUGAUCUGUGAUCCGCACCUUCCCUUAUCUACAAUUUGAUCUAAAAUAACAUUCCCCAAAUCAG